GGCGCUUCCGGUCCCAAACUUCCGCUUCCGGUUCCCAGUGUCGACGGCUGCCAGGGUUUAGCGCUUUAGGCCGGAGGUUGUAUCAUCUGAGGGUUCGAGGCGAUUUGAGUCCCCGCCCUGUAUAGCUCCAGCCAGGAUGAUCGAGGUUGUUUGCAACGACCGUCUGGGGAAGAAGGUCCGCGUUAAAUGCAACACCGAUGAUACCAUCGGGGACCUUAAGAAGCUUAUUGCAGCCCAAACUGGCACCCGUUGGAACAAGAUCGUCCUGAAGAAAUGGUACACGAUUUUUAAGGACCAUGUGUCUCUGGGGGACUAUGAAAUCCAUGAUGGGAUGAACCUGGAGCUUUAUUACCAAUAGAGCCAAAUUCCUUCCCCCUGCCCUACCCUCCUCUCUCUCCCUCACCCUCCACACUGGUAUGGAUGCUUGUUUUUAAAAAUUCACAUUAAUAAAAACUUAGAUGAUGCUC